UCUCUCUCUCUCUCUCUUUCGCACUCGCCGAAUCGCUUCUCUCUCUUCCACCGCCGACUCCGAUCGCCGCCUUUCUCUCUCUUCCUGCCGCUCCGUUUCGCUCGCUCUCUGUUUCUUGGACUCUCGCUCUCUCUCGGUGGGGUGCGCCCGCCCUCGCUCGGUCGGUAGCGUUCUUGGUCCUUCUUUUAGCUCCUCGGCGGCGGCGCCUUCUCCCGAUCAGUGAAAUCCUAGGGUUUUAGAGCCCGGCGAUCCCCCGCCCCUUCUCCCCCACCUUGACAUACCCGCCGCGGCGACCGACGUCCACGGCGGCGCGUGGGCCGUUGAUGUCUUCGCUCGCCGAUCCCAACCCCGCGAACGACAGCCGCCGACUCGCCUCCGCCGCCGCGAAGCGCAAGUUGGACGAUUAUGCCCCUACGGCCUCCGACGACGACGACUUCGCCGCCGAUUUACUCAGCAUUCGGAUGCGAAAGGACGAGCUGUUCUCCGUGCAGCACCCCGCGUUCGCCCCCGCCAGCAGCUCCAGCUCCGGGAGGGUCCCGUGGCCCCUGACGCACUCUCCGCUGCCCCCCGCUCGGCUGGCCUUCGCCUCGAGGCUCCAGUUCUUCGUGAGGAUGAUUUCGGAGGGCAAGACCUUGGUCUUCCAGGCUAAUUCGAGCGAUACGGUGCAAUCGAUACACGACCGGAUUCAAGUGAUCACUGGAAUUCCCGUCAGUGAGCAGAGGCUGAUUUAUAGAGGGAAGCAGCUACAGUGCGAGAAGUCUUUGGCCGAGUGCGCAAUCCAAAAUGAUGCGGGCCUGCAUCUAGUCGGUCGAAUGCGGAGCACGGGGCACCCGCAGGCUUGGCAAAUCAUUGACGACAUGAUUUCGCUUGUUUGCCGUCUUUGUAAAGGUGAAACCGUGCCCUAUGCUCUUAAAACUAUUAAAACUAGGAUAUCGGAGUACUUGUCCAUGACUCCUAAGGAUGAUGGUGAUCCAGCUACUGGGCAUCUUCAGAUAUUUAUGUCAUCCUCUGCGCCUGCGGCGCUUGUUAUGCUCUACAUCUCGUCAAUUAGGGGUAACAAGGAAUGCGCCGAUGACUCGAUUAGGCAUUUCCUUGAUUCAUGUAUAAAUGAGUUGCCAAAGUCUUUGCGAUCACGCUGCGCACCCAUAGUGCUGGAGUUUUGCAAGUUGCUCAGGAGAUCAUCUUCUGAUGACUCUUUGUACUUAUCUUGCCGGAGUAGUCUUGGGUCGAUGUUGGAGCUUAUUAAGGUUUCAUGGAUAGUGGAACACACCGAAAGUGUGAAGAGAGCGAUUUCAAUACCAGAGAUAUUCCCUUUUGUUAGUGAGUUGGCAGAUAGGUUGUCCAAAGAUUUGGAAUUGUCCCUUUAUUCAUCAGCGAGUGUGGGGACUUGGAGCGACGUCCUUGAUUUCACGAUGUUCUUGCGCCCUUUGCGAACUGCAAUUGCUGGACAUAAGGGUUUUAAGCAUCCAAUCUCUUUGCCUUUGAAAAAGAAACAUCAUGAUGUUCUGAUGUGUACGGAAGAGGUCGAAUUACUUUAUCAAAUCUUCGAGGAAAUGGUACAGAAGAUGAUUAAGUGCCUUAUCGGAAUUGAGGAGCGUUUAUCUGCAAAGGUAGGUGGGGAAAUUGAUAUUGCACAUCCAGGGUGGUCUCGCUAUCUUACUAUUUUGAAAGAACUGAACGCCAUUUCAAAACUUUAUCUGGGUUCUGAAGAACGUUUUUGGACAAUUUUGAGCACGAGGAAGCGGGCAUUGUGUAUGCUAGUUGUCCGUUAUGCGAAGCGCAAUGAUGAUCACAAAUGGCUUCUUGAACACAAAGAUAUCAUGGAUUUUGAGUCUAGGAGGCACUUAGUGAUGAUGAUGUUCCCUGAAGUGAAAGAAGACUUUGAAGAACAACAUGAGAUGCUGAUUGACAGGUCUCAGUUAUUGUCAGAAUCGUUUGAGUAUAUAGCUAAUGCAGAAGCUGAAUCUUUGCAUGGGGGUAUAUUUAUGGAAUUUAAAAAUGAGGAAGCAACUGGUCCUGGUGUCUUGCGUGAAUGGUUUGUUCUGGUUUGCCAAGCUAUUUUCAAUCAAGAAAAUCCUCUUUUUGUAGCAUGUCCAAAUGAUCGCAGAAGGUUCUACCCAAAUCCAGCAUCUACGGUGGAACCCUUGCACCUCAAGUAUUUCAACUUCUCUGGUCGAAUGAUAGGCUUAGCUCUGAUGCAUAAAGUACAAGUAGGGAUUGUUUUGGAUCGGGUAUUUUUCUUGCAAUUAGGUGGAUACUCUAUUUCUCUGGAAGACAUAAGAGAUGCAGAUCCUUACAUGUAUAAUAGCUGCAAGAAGAUCCUGGAAAUGGAUGCUGAAUUUAUUGAUUCUGAUGCUUUAGGACUAACAUUCGUCAGAGAAGUUGAGGAGUUGGGAUUGAGGAGAGUUGUGGAACUCUGCGAUGGUGGAAAGGGCAUGGUGGUUAAUAGCAAGAAUAGAAAUGAUUAUGUCGAUCUUCUUAUAAAACAUCGGUUUGUUACCUCAAUCUCUCAACAGGUAGCGCAUUUUGCACAAGGUUUUGGUGAUAUUCUUAGCGACUUGAGGUUGCAGAAGUUCUUUUUUCAAAGUUUAGAGCUUGAAGAUAUUGAUCAAAUGCUACAUGGGAGUGAGAAUGAUAUUUCUGUUGAAGAUUGGAAGGCACAUACCGAGUACAAUGGUUACAAAGCUAGUGAUCCUCAGAUAGUCUGGUUUUGGAAGAUUGUUGGUGAAAUGUCACCGCAGCAAAAAAAGAAUAUUCUUUUCUUCUGGACCUCAGUGAAGUAUCUGCCCGUGGAGGGUUUUCGGGGUUUGGCAUCUCGCCUUUACAUAUACAAGUCCACGGAGCACCUGAGCCGCCUACCAUCAUCCCAUACAUGCUUUUACCGUCUGUGCUUCCCGCCUUAUGCCAGCAUGGCCAUAAUGCAACAGCGCCUUUCCAUCAUCGCUCAAGAGCAUGUGGGCUGCAGCUUUGGUACUUGGUGACAAUUCAGUUUCAUCAUCAUUUUGGGUAGGAAAAGUCCUUAAUUGCACAUAGAAGAUUCAGAUCUAUCAACUUGUACAGAGUAUAGGGCAUCAUAACCAUCUGAUCUAUCAUUGGACACUUAUAGAGGGUGUUGUAGAUAUCAUGUCUCGUCUGUCGUCUUCUGUUGUUGAGGUCUUUGUGCCCCUCUUUUAACUGUCCAUACAUAUAUUUAUAGAUGCAGGGUAUAAAUAAAGUUUAUGCAGGAUGAAAGGGAAACUCCACCCUUUGUGGGACUUCAUUUUUCUGGGAAAGAUGGUUGCUUUGCAUUGACAUGUAGAUAUGCAGAAAGAUCGACUGUAAUACACCUCUCUCUCUCUCUCUCUC